CACUAAAAAUCAAAAGAUCUGCAGGAAAUGAAGACAGGUGAAACUGCAAGAAUGACAGUAACAGGAAGAAGCUGCAGAACAAAGCCCAUCCCAAAUCCAGUCAUAAAUGCCCUGCUCCUGCAGCCAGGCCACCAGUGCUGUGCUCAGGGUGUUCACUGCCACCAGGUGUUGAUCUGCUUGAAGAAAACAUUUAAUUUUUUUGCCCAGGAUUUUCUGCAGAGGGAGCGGUUCCCCCCUGUAAGAGCACUGGAUCGCAGAAAGCACUGCUGGAUUAGGGACUGCUUACGUGGGUGCUCUUCCCAAGAAGGAGAAAAAGAUCUUGUGGUCGCUCUCCUCAUGUGGGAGUGAUAAUGCAGAAUGGGGCACAAACUUUGGAAGUGGCCAAGGGCAGCUGGAAGCAAGGGCUCAUUAAAAGGCAAGUGCAAGCAUCAGCACAAAAACGUGCAUCUGGACCUCCCCAUGGGCUCUCAUCUUGCAGAAGCGCCGUGCUCAGGGGAUUAGAAGCAAGGGGAAUGAAUAAGUGGGUCUGAUUCCUCCCACAAUCUAUGCUGUAUCCUGGUUAGUUCCCCUACCUCAAGAGGCAGCUCUGGCGUUGGAAGUUUUCACCAUUUCGCUCAUUUGCAGGUGCCUGAGCCCUCUUGCAAAGUGAGGCACCCUGCAAGGUGCCCUCGCACAUGUUUUCUGGCCCUUGCCCCUUUCCAGCUGUCCCUCAGCGGGCUGUAGCUGCCAGUAUGGUGUUGAGUGUCGGUAGAGAGGAGCGAGGGAGGAAUUCCCCUCUUGCUUUAUUAUUUCUGUACAUAGUGCAGAAAUCCCUGGGUGUCACUAUGGUGUUAUGAGUUUUAAUCCACCUGAUUCCUAGAGGUCUCCUGGCUCCUGCUGGUAUAACCCAUGCUCUUACCUAAAAAAACAUUUCUUCCCUUUGCUCCCGGAACAGGCAAUGCUUUACAAGCUGCUUGUUGCCUUCUAAUCCUCCUCCUCCUUCCUUUAAUGGCACCUGCAUUUUCCCACAUACAUCCUCAGCCCUUUUGGACUCUGGUAUCCCAGCCCCAAAGGAGAGCCUUGCAGCUCCACAGGAGCAGAAGUAGCUUCCACUGUUGGCUCCUACUUCGCAGCCCAAAUAUUCUGGUCCUGGACUGCCCUGCUGCCUUCCUGCUCGCUCUUCCACCAGAUCCAAGUGCCAGCCUGCAAUGAGCACCCCACUUAGCCCAGCUCAGUGGUUCAUCCAGGCACUGCCCAGCUGCCCAGGUGAGGGCAUGGGAGCUGUGGAUCAGUCGUGCCAUGGCUCUGUGCCACCCUGCGCUCCCUCUGAGGACAGAAAAUGACUGUGUCAUGCAGUUGCCUGUCUGAUAGUCACCAGAGGUCAGAUCCUGCCUGUACUGAAGUGAAGGUAAAGCGCCCUCUGACUUGGUGGUACAGGGCCUGACCCCAUAUUGAGAUGCUCCAUGCACAGCACAGCUCUGCAAACCUACAGCCCAAACCUUGCCCCUGUGCUGCCAUCUCCUCCUAAUCAUUCCUCUUCCUUUCAAGCAGGCGCUGGGGUCACCUCCCAGCUGCUGAAAUCCAUCAGUGUGCAGGAGCCCUGCCUGGAGGCACUGCUAAGAAUAGGGCUUAAGGGCGAGGGGCAGAGAGGAGAGAGCCUGGAAGGGAUUUGGCUGCUGCCAGCACCAGUCAGCCCCCACCAGGUCUCCUGCAAGAGGCAGAGGACAUGCAAUGCAUGCAGCGCCCUUCUUUGACAGCCUUCUGAUCCUGAAAAUAAAACAAACAAUGCUAUUGCCUUGCUAUGUCUAUAGGAUUUGCUAUUGCUCUUCUCUCUCUGGCUAGUGCUGCUGGGAGUGCAGUAUCCCACCUGUCUGUCCGUCCGUCCGUCUGUCUGCACAGCCUGCGCCGCAGGCUCCGAAAGCAAAGCGCAGGCGCACCGUCCUAGAAGAAGCCAUGUAUCAGCAAAAUGCCAUAGAAACCGAAGCUGGGCUGCAGAGGGCCUUUUCCCCAGCAUUAUGCAAUACCUAAUUAUGUAGUUGGGAGUUACAUAACGCACCUGGCUUCUUCGGCGUGCCAGCCUCCCCCCGACCUCUCCCCUGGCAGAGCAGCACGUGCCAGGCUGGCAUCAGGCUGCGCGUUGUGCAGCGCAGGGGCAUGGCACGGCCGGGGCUGUGGCCGUCAUCCCAAGCCGUCCCCUGCUCCCAGACUCUUUCAGGACCACCCUGAGACUUUGGAUCGCUUUGAAAAGUUCAAAGGCCUGAAGACCCCUGAUCAGAUGAAGGGCUCUGAAGAUCUGAAGAAACACGGAGUUACCGUCCUCACCCAGCUGGGCAAAAUCCUGAAGCAGAAGGGUAAUCAUGAAGCAGAGUUGAAGCCCCUGGCUCAAACCCAUGCUACAAAGCACAAAAUCCCUGUCAAAUAUCUGGAGUUCAUUUCUGAAGUUAUUAUCAAGGUCAUUGCUGAAAAGCACUCUGCAGACUUUGGGGCUGAUUCCCAGGCUGCGAUGAAGAAGGCCCUGGAGCUGUUCCGAAAUGACAUGGCCAGCAAGUACAAGGAGUUCGGUUUCCAGGGUUAGCGUAUACGCACAGAGGGACACCACGACGGAGGCCUGGCCGUGCAUCUUAGAGAAGCUUCCCCAGCACUGUUUUGGACAUCUCAUGAUUGACCAUCCAAGACGUGUGGGAAUGCUUUGACAAGAGGCCGAGAGUCACCACAGGCAGAGCAGAGGCACUCAGAGUGAUGUCCAUGAUAAACCGUUGUCCUUUCCUGGCUUCACGUAUACAAGAGAAAUAAUCUGUUUUCUUAGGAAAAAUAAUAUAAGGGGUUAUCUGUCAGCUUCUGCCUAUCCCUAUGCCCUUUUUCUUCCCCCCUCCCCAAAACCCAGUCUCAUCUGAGAGGAGAAUGUCACGGCAGGACAUGAAGGGAUGUGGAGGAACAAGGGGUGUACUGAGGAGUGCAGUGAACAGAAGGGUGAAGGAAUGACUCAAGUGGUGCAAAAGGGAUGUCAGGGUGGGAAGUGGGGACACCACGUUCCUUUCCUCCUCCAGGUGAGACUGUUAGCAGGUUGUGGUGGAGAGCUUUCAGCGCCGUCACUGGUGUUACCUUGUUUCGUGGGGGUGGGAGCAUGUCAGUCUCCGGGGUCUGCCAGCUUGGCAACUCGCUGAACUCACAUUAGCAAAACUAUAAAGAGUAGUACACCCUGUGAUCCGUAGGUUUCUGGCAGCUGCUGCUAUGCAUGUGAAGUUGUGUUGCACUGGGAAGUAAAGUAUGCGUUUCUCAGAAAAUAAAAAAUUCCCGCACUGG